CGACAAAAAAGAUAUAACUAAAGACAAAGAAGGGCAAGCCAGAAACAACCCUGAGCCUUGCCUGCAGCUCGAACCCCAGAAGGUGGGGGGCCAGCCACAGCAGUUACAGUACGUCGGAUACGCAACAGCAAGGCGGAGCAACACCUCGGAUACCCAGCUUCUUCGAUACACAAGCACGGAUCAGCUACUUCACAGUAACCUCGAAAGCGAAACAUUAAGUCGCUUCUUUCCAUAUUUAGCCAGGACCAUCAGGUACUCGAAACAGCAACCCCAAGGGAUCCACCGCCCCUCAUCUCGUCUUAUGUGGAAAGCACAUCAACCCCACAGAUCGAUGCCGAGAGAGAGAGAGGAGGAGUUCGUGAAGACUAGUUGUGUCAACAUCCGUCAACAGGAGACAUCUACGGCCUCGCCGACCAUACCAGCAUUUCGUGCUUGCUAACCCAAGCACUCAAAGAAAUAUCCGAAGCCGCUGGUCCAGCGAACAGCAGCGAUGGCUCAGCCAAUGGGCCUCACGGCCUCAGACAUAGAAUUCGCCGAAGCUACGCCAGAGCAGCGGCGGAUCUCAUGGGAGCUGUGCAGUCGAAAAUGGGCGGCCCCUAUGUCCGUCGACGAUUAUGUUGAGCGGGAGCAACACAUGGCGGAACAUGAGCUCAACCGGGAUGGGGGCUGCCGAUAUUGGGUGCUCUACCUCAAGGGUUACCCCAGACAGGUGAUUGCCAGUUGCGAGACAUUGCGAAAGCCGAUGUUUAUCGCCGACUGCGCCGAGAGACGUGUCCGCGAGGCCCACGGUUACGUCGUCACCAACGUCUAUACCAACCCGACCUACCGCCGGCAGGGAAUGGCCGCCUUCCUGCUCCGGCGCGUCCAGGAGCGAAUGGACGCCGACAGCGACUGCAGCGUGCUAUACAGCGACAGCGGGCGGAGCUACUACGCCAGCCUUGGCUGGCUACCCAUCACCAGCCACCAAGCGACCCUCACCCUGCUCCCAUCGACCUCAUCGUCACCAUCAACAACCCCCUCAACCCCGCCGCGGCGGCCGCAAACCCGGCCUCUUAACCUCUCCGAGCUUCCAGAUCUCUGCCAGAAAGACAUUGCCCACCUCACUAGGACCCUCACCUCCCUCGUGACCGCCACCGCCGCUAGCAACAACAACAACACCUCCAUCUGCUUCUUGCCCACCUACGCGCAGAUCUCCUGGCACCUCGCCCGCGCCAAGUUCGACGCGCUCAAGAUCCUCCCCUCUACUACCAUGGCCACUACCCCGCUGACCGUAGGCGCCGUGACGCUCCCCUCCCAACAGGGCGUCGCCUGGGCGUGCUGGUCUCACGACUGGCGCAACAAGCGGCUGCGGGUGCUGAGGCUGGCGCGUGAGGGUGACAGCCGAGUCGAGGGCGGGGCGGGGAAGGAGGAUGAGGUGUUGGAGGAGGUGGAGGAGGGAAGCGACGUGGCCGUGGACGAGACCGCGUGCGUUGACGUCGCGGCGCUGCUGGAGGCGGCGGUGGCCGAGGCGCGGCAGUGGGGGUUCCUGGAGGUGGUGGUGUGGAAUCCGAGCGACCUCGUCAAGAUGGGCUGCAAGAGCGUGGGGAACGCGCUUCCGGAUGAGGUCAAGGUGGUAUUUGAGCAGCGCGUGGAAGGGUGUGUGCCGAGCCUGAGGUGGAAGGGAGGGAAGGUCUUAGCGGGCGUGGUGUGGGAGGAGAAUCAUGGGUAUUGUGGGUGUUGACGGCAGAGCGGGUGGAUCGAAGCAUGGUUAUGCUGGAAUGCUGGGAUGCUGGAAUGGGCUCGCUGCAGGAUGAGAAGAAAGCUGUGCAGGCGACCCAGCUGGGAGCCUCACCACCCAUCAAUUUUGGCCUGGCCGGCCAGGGCUGGAAAUGGGUGAAGAGUAAGUACCUAGGCUUGUCAGCUGGGUGUCAAGACCCGUAGCAGACUGAGCAAGCCUUGGCGCUGCGUGUUUUUGACCCCCUUCUGAUUUCUGUCUUUCUUUAGUGCUUUCUUUCUUCCUCUUUUUCUUCUCU